AUGGCCGACUUCCUGACGAUUUCCUUUCAAAAAAGCGGUAUUUAUUUUCCACAGCCUGGUCCUAGCCUGUUUUCAACGAACAAUAAGAUGCUACGGCCUGUUCCAAAGUUUGGAGAUAUCUCCGAGCAGCUCAACUCGCAACAGAACCAGAGAACUUCGGUCAUCGUUUGGUCGCCUCCGACAACACCAACACACAAUUUCUUGCCACCAUCUCCACCUCAAACCCCGACUACACCGAAAGGAACGCCUGUAAACGAGUUCUCCCCGAAAUCACCGAAUGUGGUACCGCCAAGGGGGAGACCGAGAGCUGAUGUGCUGAACAUUUUGAUGGAAGAAGGACAGAACUCGUACUCCUCAAUUCGCUGUGAUGUUUGCAACCGCGUUUUCCCGCGCGAGAAGUCUCUUCAAGCUCACAAAAGAACCCACAGCGGUGAAAGGCCUUAUGUCUGUGAUUUUCCAAACUGUGGAAAAGCCUUUGUUCAGAGUGGCCAGUUAAAGACUCACCAGCGUCUCCAUACUGGCGAAAAGCCAUUUGCUUGCACCGCCGAAGGUUGUACAACGAGGUUCACUCACGCCAAUCGCCAUUGCAGCCUUCAUCCAUACGCUGGCUUAAAGCGGACUUUCACCGAAAUACCACUGAAAGAAAUCCUAAUGAACGAAAAUUCCGAGCCAAACGAGUACAAGGCUGCCGUGUUGAAAUGGCUAGCGAACUACGAGAUGGAGAAAGAUGAACGAAAUCCUACAAAGCUGGAAGAAAGAGUACUCAAGCGAAAAUUAGAGAAAGAGAUAGCGCGACAACAAAUCGUGGAGCGAAAGAAAUCAAGAGUCGAGGCAAGAAAGAGGAUGGCAGAUGCAAGAGAGCGAUGGUACGGAGCUAUGGCUCUCGUUGAACUCGCCGAUUCUCAGCUGAACUGUAACUGA